GCUUUCAUUGGGUUCAAUUCGAAGUACAAGAUAUUAGUAACCGGCGAAGGUCAGCUCCAAAAAUCCUCGAAAAAAGUCCUUUCAAACGACAGAUUAUUAAAUAAUGAGUGGAGGACUGCCUAGAAGGAUUACUAAGGAGACACAGAGAUUAAUGACAGAGCCUGUGCCUGGUAUUAAAGCUGUCCCAGAUGAACACAAUGCUAGAUAUUUUCACGUUAUAGUCAACGGCCCGUCUGAUUCUCCCUUUGAAGGUGGCACAUACAARCUGGAGCUGUUUCUGCCCGAAGAUUACCCAAUGGCUCCUCCAAAAGUCAGAUUCAUGACGAAAAUUUAUCAUCCCAAUAUAGACAAGUUAGGACGAAUUUGCUUGGACAUUUUGAAAGAUAAAUGGAGCCCUGCCUUACAGAUCCGCACAGUUCUGCUCUCAAUUCAAGCUUUACUAAGUGCUCCUAACCCUGACGAUCCACUGGCUAAUGAUGUGGCAGAACAGUGGAAGGUUAACGAGGAGCAAGCUAUUGAAACUGCUAAAACAUGGACAAGGCUUUACGCCAAAGCAACAUAAAUACAGUAACUUAUAUCCUGUAAAGAAGAAUGACACGACUUCGACUAUUUGAACUGUUUUAUACUGUCACCAAAAGUCUUUUUUGCUAGCUUAUAAAAUAGUUUCUUUUAAGGGAGAAAAAAAUCUUUGUAGAAUUUUAGCACGACCUGUAGGGGCUGUUCUUACCCUUUUCUACUACAUGUAACCCUCCCUCUCUGCYAAACAACUUUUUCUUGUACUAAUAUGCUGUUAGGAAUAGCUUCCCAUUAGUGGUAUCUGUGCUUAAUCUUUUCAUUUGUCUCAGUUAACUAAUUCUAAAGCAAUGCUUCAAGUUUACUAACAAAAUCAUGAUGUUAAUAUGCUAACCAUUUUGAUCACAAAAGCUUGUCACAAGUUGCUUUGUGUCACAAGCCCAUUGAUCUCUGGUUGGCACAUGAAUAAUGAAGACUUACAGUAUGUUACAUGAAGUAUCGCUAUAAGAGAAUGGAGGCAAACUGGUUGUAGCUCUCAAAAGAAACACAAAGUUUAAGGGAGGGGAGAGACGAGGAAACCAAGGAGACGAUUUGUAAAUCAGGGGAGCAUACAAUGAGAUAGGGUUAAAAUACUUAAGUGUGCUGGAAAAUGUUACGAAUUUUGCUUUUCACAUAUGCAAACUGGUGAGACAGCUGAAAAUAGUACAAUGACAGUACAUCACUAAGGUCUGAGGUCACUGUCAAGGACAGUUUAAUUCUACAAGUGUAUUUUUCGUGAAAACUAGGAAACAAAUUGGAAGAUGUGUAUUUACAGUCAGCUAGAGUAUUUCUCUGGAAUUUAAAUUUAWAUUUUAUUUGAAUUGAUCAAACAAUAAUUGUGGUGUAAUGUAAAGGAUUUUGAUCAGGUCUUUACUGUACAUGUAAAACAAAUGUGUGAUGGAGGUGUUUUUGUCAGUCCAUGCUUAGUAGACUUCUCAGUCAAGUAUGACGUUAACAACAUCAAAAUCUUGCAUUUCUAGAUGUAGUUUAACUGUGAAAUGGCUUGAGGCAUGAUACCAUGCACCCUACUCCCCCCUCCCAGGAUGGUAUAGAAUUUCAACCAGUCACAAGUGACAGUGCAUGACAUCACUGCUCAUUCAGUGAAAAUGCUCAAACACGGUACUGCCACAAUCCACACGGCCGAUCUUUAUUGUGAGUACAGUCACUGUAUUUGCUUUGGUUUUUCAUAUUCAACUGAGAGGUUGUAAGCUUUAAAGUAGAAAAUGUCACUUUUCGAUUACGUAAUUAAUGAUGAUUUGUUUACUGAAUCAUCAUGAUCAUUACAUUGUAGUUCACGACCUGGUUGUAUAAGCACCAUCCAACAGAUAAAAGCCCUAUCCAGUGAAUAGUUAUCCGUAACUAGUCUUUAUCCAGUGGAUAACUCUAUCGUACAUUUCUAAGCUUCAUGCAACUGAAUCGUGUAAUCUGUAUGAAUUUCAUCUGCUGGAUAGUGCUUAUUUGCCAUUCAUACAACUGCGGUUUAGGGGAGUGAGCGCUGUAAAAAGUUAAAAUACAAAAAGAAAUUUUUAGCAAAAACAAGAUGAUACUUUGAAUGCAACUAAAUUAAAAAGAAACAAUAAAGAACAGUCCACUUCAUUUGGAAUAUAUUGUA